AUGCCUCGCUGGAAUGUGGAUAAAUUAAUCACACUGGUCCAGGAGAGGCCAGAGAUAUGGGAUACCCGCAGUAAUCUGUACUUGGAUAGAACUAGAAAGGAUGCUGCAUGGGAACAGGUGGCCCGUAGCCUGCGCAAAAACGAAUGGGCCAAAGUAGAUAGCCGAGGCCGUGCCGAAUUAGUUCCAUUUCACAUUUUGCAGAAAGUUACGUUUGUCUAUGGCUCACCUAAAGUGUACACGAAAUUGGGUGGAGUCCCCCAGAAGGAUAUGCUUCAGCCCUCAAACAGUCAAAUGCAGCUGAACCUGGAUGAUGUGCUAGAAAGUCAAGCAGUCAAUGAUGAUUACAGGAACUCUGGCUACAGUCGUGGUCAUGUGAACCCCAGCGGGCACCACAGCAGUGCGUCCCAGCUCUCCACAUUCACCUACACAAACAUGGCGCCCCAGGACGCAACAUUCAACAGUGGAACCUGGAAUGCCUAUGAAACUUUUCUGCGAGACAAGAUCCUGACAACCUGUCAACAAACCCAUGUCCUCAGUGGAGUCAUCAUCUCUGGAUCCCAUCCUGGGGAGGGCAAGUGGCUACGAAACCGAGUCAAUGUCCCCACCUUCUACUGGAGCGCAUUCUGUUGUGUGAAAUCCGAUGGAACUAGGAGGGCUGAAGGAAGAAUAGGUCGGAAUCAAAGCCCCUAUGACACGGUGACCAAGACAAUCUCCGACCUGGAAGCCAUCCUGAGCAACGAGUAUGGAGGACAGGUGUCACUGUUUGCUGGAGGCUGCCAGUGA